AUGGAAGAAGAGGAAGACACCCCAUUUUGGCUACAAAACACCGACAAUUUGCACCGCCGCCGCCGCCGCCGUAGCAGUUCAUCGUCUCUCUUCCUCAACUCCGGUCUUCUUCUUGUAAUAUUGUUUGUGAUAGCCCUUUUCUUUUUCUUCAAAGUAAUUCCUUCGUUUCUCUCUUUCACCUCCCAAGUAUUUAGACCACAUCUAGUGAAGAAAAGCUGGGAUUCCCUCAAUCUAGUGCUCGUUCUUUUCGCCAUUGCUUGCGGAUUCCUCAGUAGAAAUACAAACAACAAUAACGACACCACGAGCUCCUACGAAGAUCCAAGCAUUUCCAAUUCAUCGCAAGAGGCUUAUAAUAAGUCAAAUCCAUCCACCCCGCACCGAUGGUACGAAUAUGCAGAUCGGACGGCUAGCCAGAACUAUAACAACCUCCGAAGGUUAAGGAGCAGCAGUUCGUACCCUGAUCUGCGUCAAGAGUCUGCAUGGGCGACAGAACAUGAUCGGGGGCGAUCUUACGAUGAUACCGACGUCAGUAAUUACCGGAUUCUUGGAUCGGAUCAGAUGCAUUAUCCCCAGCCUCGGCGAGAGCAUCGAGAAGAAGAAGAAGAUGAAUACUCGGAGACGAAAACUAUAUCAGUGGACACUUUUGUGGUCCGUAAAAUGGAACUUUCAUCAGAUUCGCCUCCUCCGCCACCUCAGGCUACUGAGGGUCCAUCACCGCCGCCGCCGCAUACGCCGCCAAAUGUGGUUAAGCGCGGAGCAAAGAGAACAUCUUAUCAAGCUAUUGGUGAACACCGCGAUGUAGAGAUUGAAAAUCAGGGAAGAAAUUAUUCGGAAGCAGUCGAAAAUUUGCAACCUUCACCAACAUCACCACCCCCUCCAGUGUCUCAACAAGCGGAGCAAACGAACACCGGCCGCAAGAAUGAGAGGAAGAGAUCGUCAGGAGGCUCUUCUUCUGGCUCCAAAGACUCUCCAGUGUUUCAACAAGCGGAGCAAACGGCCACCGGCAGCAAGAAUGAGAAGAAGAGAUCGUCAGGAGGCUCUUCUGGCACCAAAGAUUUCUUCAGCUCACUGAGGAGGAGGAAGAAGAAACCAAGACAAAAGAGCGUCGAAAACUUCGACACUUUACUAAACCCCCAACCCGCUUCUUCUUAUCCUUUACAUCCCCCACCAUCGCCGCCUCCUCCUCCGCCUCCGCCGCCUCCUCCGCCUUCAUCUUCAUCAGUCUUUCACAAUCUGUUCUCUUCCAAAAAGGGAAAGACCAAGAAAGUGAAUUAUGUUCCACCACCGAAUCCGCCACCGCCGCCACCACCAGUAGCUAAGACAGCGCGAGCAGCGUCAAAAACCAAAUCUGGAAGUAGGCCAAUCACGGCCAGCAAACCUCCGCUGCCGGUUAAGUCGAGCAGUGUCAAUGGUGGCGAUGAAAAUAUGAGUUCCGGUAAUGAGUCGCCGCUCGUUCAGAUACCGCGACCGCCGCCGCCGCCGCCAUUCAAAAUGCCAGGUUGGAAAUUCGCGGUGCAAGGUGACUUUGUCAGGAUAAAAAGCAAUACUAGUUCACGCAGCGUUUCGCCGGACCUAGAUGAUGAUGGGGAGGCUGGUUCUACGAAAGGCGCAGUUGGCACUGAGGGGGGAGAUGCAACGACACCACCAAUGUUCUGUCCGAGCCCGGAUGUUGACUCCAAGGCAGAUAACUUCAUUGCAAGGUUUAGAGCUGGCUUGAAGUUGGAGAAGAUGAAUUCUAUCAAUGAGAAGCAGAGCAGGGGAAGGUCUAAUCUCGGGCCAGAACAAAGCUCAAGUACAGAUACUGCACAAGGAUCAGGCCCAAAGUUAAGAGUUUGA